AUGUCGGCAGCCACCCGCGUAGCCCAUAAACGAUUUGAAAACUGUACUUCCAGCCUCCUUUCUACUGAUUUGACAUCUUUUCCGCCUCACCAACUAGUUACUCAAGAAGAUGUCGACGAGUCUUUACGAGACUUAGUCGGUCCGGUGGAUGAAACCUGGACUGAACGUGUAAACAAGUUGUCGCAAUUGAAGCGUCCCCCGGAAGGCAGCAGGAUCACCCAGUCGAUGUGGCAUCUGGUACGCGGUGGCCACCUUGAUUUCGGGAUUGUGGAGGAUUACCUACAGCUACUAAGGUCGACAAGCCACCAUGUAGAGAUAGCUCCGGCUCGGAUGCUACGGCACGAUCAAAACUGUAUUCAAGAGACAGAAGGGAUUGACCAUCCCGUCAUCAUUCCGUUCUGUCAUGAAAACAACUGGGCGUUUGCUGUUGCGUACUCAGACUGCGUCCACUGGUACGACAGUACUCCUAAUAGUGCUACCCUUGUACCUCCCGUUACCGGUGCGCGACCCGUCGUAGAAGGGUGGCGGGGACCUCAGAAUAACAACCUGGCAGAUUCAGGCGUGUUCAUGCUUAUGGGCAUCAAGCUUAUAUUACAGCGCAAACCUCAUCUAAGCCAAAGGGUCGCGGAUGAGCUCAACCAGUCUUUCCGUUCUUGUAUAUUUAUCGAACUUCUUUGUCAAAAGGUUCAGUCAACCUCUACAGACCUACGUGAUAUCAAUUUAGACCAAGUGAUAGAUACAGGAUACUUAUCCUCAACCGCCGACCAGAUAAGCCACGGACAUACGUUAACUGAUGGACAACAAGAAUCAUCCUUCUUCGAAGAUGCGAUGGCUGCGACAAUAAGUGCAACUCGGGCCAUUUCCUCGGCAUCUCCUGUAAUAUGUCAAGCGGAAGAAGUCAGCGCUUUGAGCAGAAACCCAGAGCUGGCACCCGCCACGGACCCUGACCGCCCCCCAGGACUUUCCAGUUUACAGCCACAGCAUCCGGCCAACACGUCGCGCAAGAGAAGAUCGCAACCAAGGGCCACAAGUGAGAGAGCAGAAGGGCGUCUACAGCGAGUUUUGGAUGAUCGUAAAGUUAUUUUAGAUAAUCUCUCACAUGCCAUCCACUUCAAACGAUCUGCCCUAGUGUCCUUUGCAGAUGAUCCGGUUGUUCUCAGGGCACUUCUUAGGUAUUCAAGGACCAGUGGGAAUCUUCAUCGUCGCUACCACGCUGUCCUUUUCCACUGGAUGACGGAAGAUAACGAGCGAAUAAUAGAAAUGAAAUCAGCGAUGGGGGAGGAUGCUGAGAAACGCAUUAAGAGAGAUUUAUGGAGUUGUAACUUCUGGAAAAAGGUAAGUGAUAUUGGUAUGAAACACGGCUUGGGGCCCUUGGUACCACUUUGUGCAUUUGGAAAUGACUUUAGCGGUUAUCGGUUGUCAGAGGACGCUCAGGGUCCACUGAUUAAAGAAUUUGAAAAUCGGUUGCAAAACGAAACCGACAUGUUGCGUAUAUGGCUUCAAGAUGCGCGUGGACUGUGCGAGGCCAUAUUAGUAGGACCCACGCCUGUUGCUUCCUUCAACAUUGAUAAAUAUAACUUUCAGGCUGAGUUCGACAUGACCGACGAUCAAUUUCGAUUCUAUGUUUGUUCAGGGCUCAACUAG